GUAUAUAUUUUAAAAAGUCUUCUGCUGCAAGCUGACACUUUCUCUGUUCCUCAGGAGCUAGCGGUCUCCACCUGACCAAACAUGAGAACUUUCACGGCGGUCUCGAUGCCAUCUCAGUGGGUGACGGCCUCUUCACCAUCCUCACCACCCUCAGCAAGAGGGCCACCUCAGUCCAGGUCAUGCUACAGCCCAUCCUCACAUACAUGGCCUGUGGUUAUAUGGGCAGACAGGGGUCUCUUUCCACAUGUCAGCUGUCGGAGCCUCUGUUGUGGUUCAUCCUCCGCGUGUUGGAUACCAGUGAGGCUCUCAAGGCCUUCCAUGACAUGGGUGGUGUGCAGUUGAUCUGUAACAACAUGGUGACCAGCACCCGGGCCAUUGUGAACACAGCACGCAGCAUGGUGUCCACCAUCAUGAAAUUCUUAGAUUCAGGUCCUGGAAAGACGGCAGAUGGCAACCUCAAAGCCAGAGUGAUGACCUCCGAGCCAGACAACGCUGAGGGACUCCACAACUUUGCUCCCUUAGGCACCAUAACAUCCAGCAGCCCCACAGCGCAGCCAGCAGAGGUCCUCCUCCAAGCAACGCCGCCCCACCGCCGGGCCCGGUCAGCAGCCUGGUCCUACAUCUUCCUGCCGGAGGAGGCCUGGUGUGACCUCACCAUUCACCUUCCUGCUGCUGUGCUGCUGAAAGAGCUCCACAUCCAGCCACACCUUGCCUCUCUCGCCACCUGCCCAUCCUCGGUCUCCGUGGAGAUCAGUGCUGACGGGGUCAAUAUGCUGCCGCUCUCCACGCCAAUCAUCACCAGUGGCCUGACGUACAUUAAGAUCCAGCUAGUGAAGGCAGAGGUUGCGUCGGCUGUUUGCCUGAGGCUGCACCGGCCCCGUGAUGCCAGCACCCUUGGUCUGUCUCAGAUCAAACUCUUGGGCCUGACGGCAUUCGGUAACACCUCCUCUGCGACUGUCAACAACCCCUUCCUGCCUUCUGAGGACCAGGUCUCUAAAACCAGCAUCGGGUGGCUGCGUCUUCUCCACCAUUGCCUGACCCAUGUCAGUGACCUGGAGGCCAUGAUGGCCAGUGCCGCAGCACCCACGGCCAACCUGCUGCAGACCUGCGCGGCAUUGCUCAUGUCACCUUACUGCGGCAUGCACUCGCCCAACAUCGAGGCCGUGCUGGUCAAGAUUGGCCUGCAGUCCACUCGCAUUGGACUCAAACUCAUCGACAUUCUGCUGAGGAACUGUGCCGCUUCUGGCACCGACCCUGCCAGUGAGUCACACACCGCUGCAUUAAUGCUGGAGUGUUAAUUAUAGGCAGCAGAUCCACAGGAAAAAGCAACUCCAUCAAACAUUCUUAAAAUAUUCAAAUGUAUCCUUAAGAGGUCCUUCAAUUAGGUUGUAGUUGUAAAGACUUAGACAAGGGCAUUUUUCAAAUGUUAUUUUGCCCCAUCAAGUAGUUAACGUGUUUUGUUCUGCAAGGCCUCACAAACAAAUUGAGUGUGUGUGUGUAUGUAUAUGUGUGUGUGUAUGUAUGUGUGUGUGUGUGUAUAUGUG